UUGCAGGCAAUAAUGAAUCAAACAGACAAAAAUCAACAGGAAGUCCCAUCAUGCCUUCAUGAUGAGCCACCAGAAGGUUCAGUAAAAGACCACCCGCAGCAGCAGCCUGGCAUGCUUUCUCGUGUGACUGGUGGUCUUUUCAGUGUCACAAAGGGAGCUGUUGGUGCCACGAUUGGAGGUGUUGCUUGGAUUGGAGGGAAGAGCUUGGAAAUUACCAAAACAGCUGUCACAUCCGUGCCUUCAGUGGGAGUGGGGCUUGUCAAAGGAAGUGUUUCUGCUGUAGCUGGAGGUGUUACAGCUGUAGGAUCUGCUGUAGCAAGUAAAGUGCCUUUAACAGGAAAGAAAAAGGAUAAGUCUGACUAA